AGAGGGCCCCUGCCCUUGUUAGGAAAUUAGUGUACAGUUUCUCAGUAUCUAUCCAAGUAUAUUUAAGAAGUCAUUAGCAGUUCACAACUAAAUUCAAGAAAUUUCUCUUCCUUGUGAAUGGCCACCAGUCACGUUCCAUAUACACCCGUCUCAUCUCUACAGGGUGUAAUGGUGGGGCCCCACAUGCAGCAGCAGCAGCACCACCAGCAGCAGCAGCUCGCUGCGUUCUCCCAGGCUUCUAUGAUGCCAGUCUCGCAAGGAAACUCCGGCUUCCCGCCUCCCCCUGGUCUGGGGAAUGUUGUAGGAGCUUCUGAAGACGGCAAUCCCACCACUCACUUCCUCUCCCCCCUGCCUCAACAUAUGCUGCAUCAGCAGCACCUCGACCCAGCGCAUGAGGGCAUGCAGCAUGCCAUGGCUGGCAUGGGCCUUGACAUUAACAGUGUGAGUGGCGGGAUGCUGGUAGGUCCUGCGAUGCCAGGUCAAUAUUACUCGACCGCGUCCGGAGCUCUGGUAUCACAGCUACAGCAAGACCCCAACUCUGCAGCGGUGCAGCAGCAACAGGACCAGCAGCCUGACCAAACUCCCUUCGCGUCCGAGGCUGACCAAAAGUGGACUGCCAUUGGCCAGAGUGAUAACCCCGCGUUGUCGAUCACUCCUAUGAAGAACUUGUGGUGCGCUGGAGGAGAAGAGGGGAGCAAGGCGGACGGUGGCUCCUCAAGCAAGGCUGGCGCUGCUAACCACAUCUUCAACUCUGCUGCUGAGCAGACCUGGAGAAAUGCAGCCUGGAGCACCGACAGCAGCGGUCAUCCUGGCCAGCAACAUCAGCCGCAGCACCACUAUGAGCACGGGGUGGGCGGUGGUCUGGUGAUGGGUCGUCCUGGUGGUGGCGCUACAGGUGGGGGCGGUGGUGAGGUGCACUCCACCCGCCACGUCGUCACGGACGGCACGGGCGUCGUCAAGAUGGUCGAGCAGCUGCUGGGGUCCUCGCCUACCGGCACCAAGGAUAUCGACAGAAGCAUGGCUAACCUCUCUCUCCGUAAUGGUUCAAGUGAAGCCGGCAAGGAUAAGAAAGACAAGCCCGCCUCCCCGUACGACCCCAACAAGAAGGAUGUCGAGAACGGCAACCUUAGCGGACAACCCAACGGCAUCGUUCAGAACGGCCUUGAUGACGAUAAAGGCUUCAACCGUCAAGGCACGCCGUCAGAGGAAGACCUGAACAAGAACACCGGCGUGGCGGGUGGCGGUCCCGUGGGCCUCAUGCCCGGCGUCGUGGUGAAGGAUGAACUGGUGACUGGGGUCGCUGGUGGUGUGGUGAUGGGCGGGCCUACGACCCAGCAAAUGUUGGGUCACCUCGACCACACGGCUUUUGAUGGUGUGGGCGGCAUGGGGGGACACCACCAUCAUCAUCACCAUCACACUGGCAUGCUCGAUCCAUCGUCCAUGAGCGCUGCUAUGGGCGGCGUGAGCAUGGCCGGCAUGGGUGGCGUCAGUAUGGGCAUGCCUGGAACUAUUGGUGGCAUGGGUAUGGGCUCGAGCAUGGGGCAGGCUGGCGGGAUGAACAACGCAGCGGCGGUGUUGGGUGGCGUUGGUGGACUCGGUGGUGGGGUGGGCAUGGCGGGUGGUGGUUUCAACAACCCUGCCUCGGUCGCCGACUACACCAGCAUGGUGAACAACAUCUCCAUGGACUCGCCUUCUCUCCUGCAACAGCAGCAGCAGCAACAACAGCAGCAGCAACAGCAACAAGCUGCAGCAGCAGCCGUGCAGAACUUCGCAGCCGCGGCUGCAGCGGCCGCACAGCAACAGCAGCAGCAGCAACAACAGCAGCAGCAACAGCAACAAGCUGCAGCAGCAGCCGUGCAGAACUUCGCAGCCGCGGCUGCAGCGGCCGCACAGCAACAGCAGCAGCAGCAACAACAGCAGCAGAACGAUAACCAGGUGAGCGUCACAGGAAUUAUGGAUAAGUGA